CAUGGUCGUCUAUUUCUCUGUUUUGCUCUGUCUAUUUUCUCCUCGCAAUAGAUCGCCUUUGUCUGAUUCUUUCGAUCCCCUUUCACUCUACCUUUCGCAGGCCUGCAUUUUCUCUACUUUUGAGAUCAGCAUAUCAUAAUCUUUCAGAUCUCAUAUGAUAUGGAACCAUAAAUUCCUCAAUCAAGAGUUUAGGGGUUUGAUUUUCAAAGUGUAAUCUCACUUCUGCAAACACUUUCAGAUGGGAGAACUGAAGAAAUUAGUUGAAGCAGGUAAAGUGUUAUUUGAAGCUCACCCGAACAUAUUAAGGAGGACAAACACAGUUCAUUGUAUCACCGCCCUGCAACCUGAGUACUCCUCCUGGGAUCGCGACAUUGGAGAGGAGAUUAUACCUCUUUGCAGAAUUCUGGAGUUCAGUAAAAAUUGGUGGUGCAUAUUAGCCAACCCCAACCCCAUUUUGUGCUGCUUGUCUUUCCAAGCUAACUUUUGUGCCUUUAUCUAUUCAUAGAUACACUUCCUGAAACUGAAGAAGAGAUUACAAUGGCUCUGAAGACCACAACUACUGCUUUCUGUUCCAUCCGUUCUCUCUUCCUCUCCCUCUCAAUCCUCUGUUCUCUCUCCGUCUUUUUCUUUUUCUUCAACAGUUCAACCCGAUCAUUACAUCUUCAAAAUCUCCAAAGCCCCUCAAGUUCCAUUAAAGUCUUUGUUGCAGACCUUCCAAGAUCCCUCAACUACGGUCUGCUUGAGCAGUACUGGUCCAUAGACUCAGAUUCUAGGCUGGGGAGUGAAGUAGACAAUGAAAUCAGGAAGACCCUUUUACACAAAGGUUCUCAAAAGUUCCCUCCAUAUCCUGAGAACCCACUGAUCAAACAGUACAGUGCAGAGUACUGGAUCUUGGGUGACUUGAUGACCCCUCCUGAGUUGAGAAAUGGCUCUUUUGCUAAAAGGGUGUUUGAUGCUGAGGAGGCUGAUGUGAUCUUAGUGCCAUUUUUUGCAACAUUGAGUGCUGAGAUGCAACUGGGGUUGAAUAAAGGAGCAUUUAGAAAGAAGCUAGGGAAUGAGGACUAUGAGAGGCAGAAAAUGGCUGUGGAUACUGUGAAGCAGACCAAGGCUUGGAAACGCUCUGGAGGCCGUGACCAUGUAUUUGUUCUCACUGACCCAGUUGCAAUGUGGCAUGUUAAAGCUGAGAUUGCUCCAGCAAUUCUCUUAGUGGUGGAUUUUGGAGGGUGGUAUAAGCUCGAUGCAAAAGCAGCAAAUGACAGCUUACCAGAUAUGAUACAGCACACUCAAGUUUCAUUGCUGAAGGAUGUGAUCGUGCCUUACAUCCAUUUACUACCUAAAUUGCAGUUAUCUGAAAACCAGAAACGCCCAAUGCUUAUUUACUUCAAAGGAGCUAAGCAUAGGCAUAGGGGAGGGCUGGUUCGAGAAAAACUAUGGGACUUGCUGGUUAAUGAGCCUGGAGUAGUAAUGGAAGAAGGUUUUCCAAAUGCCACCGGGAAGGAGCAGUCAGUUAAGGGAAUGAGAACGUCAGAGUUCUGCUUGCACCCAGCGGGAGAUACACCCACAUCAUGCAGACUAUUUGAUGCCAUCCAAAGUCUCUGUAUCCCGGUCAUUGUUAGCGACAAUAUUGAGCUCCCAUUUGAAGGGAUGACUGAUUAUUCAGAAUUUUCUGUCUUCGUAGCAGUAAGUGAUGCACUGCAACCAAACUGGCUUGUGAGCCAUCUUAGGAGCUAUUCAAGUGCACAGAAGGAUAGACUUCGGCGCAAUAUGGCUCAGGUCCAGCCCAUCUUCAACUAUGACAGCGGUCAUCAAGGUGGUAUCGGUCCCAUACCUCAUGAUGGCGCUGUGAACUCCAUAUGGAAAAAGGUUCACCAAAAACUACCCAUAAUCAAAGAAGCUAUCAUCCGAGAGAAAAGGAAACCUCCAGGAGUUUCUGUUCCACGCCGUUGCCAUUGUACUUGAAGCUAUUAUCCUAUGGUACAGCUAAUAUUUUUUAUUUAUUACAAAAUUUUGCCAGCUUGGUUCCCUUGAAAACUCAGUAAUCAUUCAUUACAUUUCUUGCAACUGUAGAUUGGACUUGCAUGCUUUUACAACUCAUGCCCAUUAUCUAUGGUUUACCUGUUGUUGACUUAAACUUCAUUUCUUGUUAUAUAGCAGAUUUGCUUUAAAGCUUGUGUGA